CGACGGCACUCCGCGCGCGAUCCCGCUCCGAGCGCCCGCCGCGAGCGCGUCACACGCGCAAACACGCGCAACGUCGCGCCCUUUACGUAACGCGCGACCAUCGCGCGCGAUCCCGCGACCCAUCAACGAUCGCCUGAAAGGAUAAGGUCGGACAUGAAAAAUCUCGCUCAUUUGCUGGCUGUCCCUAUCAGCGAGUACGUGGUGACGUUCAUCUCUUUAGUAGCCGCGGCCACACUGCUCACGAGGACGACAGGAGGGCGCUCCGCCCGUAGGUGGUCGGCGGGAGAACGCGGGCGCAGAGUGUACUGCCGCACGCGCUUUCCCUACCACACACACCCGCCCAUUCACUGUUAGCAGUAGGCAGUUUACUCGGGGGGAGUUCGAUAGACAAUGUCCGAGGACUUGGACUCGAUCAGCGAGGAAGAACAAAGCUUGUUCCGACCCUUCACCCGAGAGUCAUUGGCCGUAAUCGAGGCCCGCAUAGCUGAAGAGCAUGCCAAGCAAAAAGAACUUGAGAAAAAACGAGCGGAAGGCGAGACCGAUUUGGGGCGGACGAAAAAGAAAAAAGAAGUGCGGUACGACGAUGAGGAUGAAGAUGAAGGUCCCCAACCAGACGCGACCUUGGAGCAGGGCCUGCCGCUGCCGGUGCGGAUGCAAGGCUCCUUCCCUCUCGAACUCGCCUCCACACCACUCGAGGACAUCGAUCCUUUCUACCACAACCAAACAACAUUCGUAGUCAUAAGCAAGGGUAAAGAUAUCUUCAGAUUUUCGGCGACUAAUGCCUUGUGGAUACUGGAUCCAUUCAAUCCAAUAAGAAGAGUGGCCAUAUAUAUAUUAGUGCAUCCUUUAUUCUCUCUGUUCAUUAUUACCACAAUCCUUGUGAAUUGUAUACUCAUGAUAAUGCCUACCACACCAACUGUCGAAAGUACUGAAGUUAUCUUUACCGGCAUCUACACCUUUGAAUCGGCGGUGAAAGUAAUGGCCAGGGGUUUCAUACUACAGCCAUUCACAUACCUUAGAGAUGCAUGGAAUUGGCUUGACUUCGUAGUUAUAGCUUUAGCUUAUGUGACGAUGGGCAUAGAUCUCGGCAACUUGGCCGCUCUAAGAACGUUCAGAGUUCUCCGAGCUUUGAAGACUGUGGCCAUCGUACCGGGCUUGAAGACUAUUGUCGGUGCGGUAAUAGAAUCGGUGAAAAAUCUUCGGGAUGUGAUUAUAUUGACGAUGUUUUCACUAUCUGUGUUCGCACUUAUGGGUCUGCAAAUCUAUAUGGGGGUUUUGACACAGAAAUGUAUUAAAGUCUUCCCGGAAGACGGUAGUUGGGGUAACCUCACUGAUGAGAACUGGGAAAGAUUUUGUCAAAAUGAAACAAAUUGGUACGGUGAAGACGGAGACUAUCCCCUUUGUGGAAAUUCAUCAGGAGCAGGACAGUGUGAACCAGGCUACAUAUGUUUACAAGGCUAUGGACCAAAUCCUAACUACGGAUAUACGAGUUUCGAUACUUUUGGUUGGGCUUUCCUAUCAGCUUUUCGACUCAUGACACAGGACUAUUGGGAAAAUCUAUAUCAACUGGUGCUAAGGUCGGCGGGUUCAUGGCACGUCUUGUUCUUCGUAGUGAUCAUUUUCUUGGGCUCAUUUUACCUCGUCAACUUGAUUUUGGCCAUUGUCGCCAUGUCAUAUGAUGAGUUACAAAAGAAAGCUGAAGAAGAGGAACAAGCCGAAGAAGAAGCCCUUAGGGAAGCGGAGCAAAAAGCGGCAGCCAGAGCGGAUAAGCAGGAAGCCAGGGAAGCCCACGCUCGCGAGCAGGCUGCUGCGGCAGAGGCGGCAGCUUACGCCGAGGCACAUCCUGCUAAAUCUCCCAGCGACUCUUCCUGUCAGAGCUACGAGCUGUUCGUGAACCAGGAGCGCGGCAACCAGGACGACAAUACGCGCGAGCGCAUGUCCCUCCGUAGCGACCCCUUCCAGGACUCGGUGAGCACUCAGCCCACGCACAAGCCCACCGCCAACGAAUCGCACCACGAACCGGCACGCCGACAAAGGAAGGUCAGCAUGGUUCCCCACCCUGAACGCAUAAAUAAAUACGGACAGUUGUCAUAUGGGCCACUGCGCGAAGGCUCACAGGCUUCAUUGUCACUCCCUGGAUCACCGUUCAAUUUACGCCGAGGGUCUCGUGGAUCGCAUCAAAUGGCUCUUAGACCGAACGGAAGAAAUCGAUAUCCACCCGGAGCUGAUCGAAAACCACUAGUUCUUUCAACAUACUUGGAUGCACAGGAACAUCUGCCAUACGCUGACGAUUCAAAUGCUGUCACGCCAAUGUCUGAAGAAAACGGUGCUAUAAUUAUACCUGUCUACUAUGCCAAUUUAGGUUCGAGACAUUCUUCUUACACGUCGCAUCAAUCUCGAUUGUCGUACACUUCACACGGUGACUUAUUAGGUGGAAAAGCGCAAACGAAAGAAGCAAGGCUAAGAGGACGAUCUGCAUCCAGAAAUCACAGCGUAACGUCACAACCGCAUGCCUACCCACUGCCAAGACAAGAUUCGUCGCUCGCAUCUAGACCGCUUAGAGAAUAUGAAAUAAGCACAACGGAAUGUACAGAUGAGGCUGGCAAAGUGUUAAAACAAUCUAACGACAACCCUUUUAUAGAGUCGCAGCAGCCCAACGUUGUAGAUAUGAGAGAUGUAAUGGUACUAAAUGAAAUUAUUGAACAAGCCGGGAGACAAAGUAGAGCUAGUGAGCAAAACGUGUCAGUGUACUACUUCCCAACAGCCGAAGACGAUGAGGAUGGACCCACCUUCAAAGAAAGACUCCUUGAGUGCUUAAUGAAAGGAAUAGACUUCUUUUGUGUAUGGGACUGCUGUUGGUUGUGGUUGGAGUUCCAAAAAUACGUGGCUCUUCUGGUGUUCGACCCGUUCGUAGAACUGUUCAUCACGUUAUGUAUUGUGGUCAACACUUUGUUUAUGGCCUUGGACCAUCACGAUAUGGAUAGAGAUAUGGAAAAAGCGCUGAAAAGUGGCAACUAUUUUUUCACCGCUACUUUUGGUAUUGAAGCCAUGCUAAAAUUAAUAGCUAUGAGCCCGAAAUUUUAUUUUCAAGAAGGUUGGAACGUUUUUGAUUUCAUCAUCGUGGCCUUAUCAUUAUUAGAAUUGGGUCUGGAAGGUGUACAGGGUUUGUCUGUGUUACGUUCAUUUCGUUUGCUUCGAGUAUUCAAAUUGGCAAAGUCAUGGCCGACACUUAAUUUACUCAUCUCUAUAAUGGGUAGGACGAUGGGUGCCUUGGGCAACCUGACCUUCGUAUUGUGCAUCAUUAUUUUCAUAUUUGCCGUGAUGGGUAUGCAACUAUUCGGGAAAAAUUAUGUUGACUAUGUAGACCGUUUUCCGGACGGAGAUCUUCCCCGUUGGAACUUCACCGACUUCAUGCACAGCUUCAUGAUAGUAUUUCGAGUACUAUGUGGAGAAUGGAUAGAAAGCAUGUGGGAUUGUAUGCUCGUUGGAGACGUAUCCUGCAUACCAUUUUUCUUAGCUACCGUUGUCAUUGGCAAUCUUGUGGUUCUUAACCUCUUCUUGGCCCUGUUACUGUCAAAUUUUGGAUCAUCGAACUUAUCGUCGCCGACAGCCGAUCAAGACACCAACAAAAUAGCUGAAGCAUUCAACAGAAUAUCGAGGUUCAUAGAUUGGGUUAAAAAGAACGCAGCAGACGUCUUGAAGUUGGUGAAAAAUAAACUCACAAACCAAAUAGCCAUACACGCUCCCGAACGGGUGGAUAACGAGCUCGAAUUAGGUGCCGACCUCGAUGACGGAGUACUGUAUAAAGAUAAGAAACUAAAAGACCAAGUAGAAGUAGCAAUCGGUGACGGAAUGGAAUUUACAAUACCAGGUGACAAUAAGUACAAGAAAGGUAAAAUACUAAUGAAUAAUAUCAAUGCAAUAACGGAUAACCACACGGACAAUAGAAUUAAUUGUGAUCUUAAUCAUCACGGGUAUCCCAUUCAGGACGAUGAUACUAUAAGUCAGAAAUCAUAUGGAAGUCACAAAAUUAGAUCAUUUAAAGAUGAAAGUCACAAAGGUUCAGCUGAUACGAUCGACGGUGAAGAAAAAAAAGACGCCAGUAAAGAAGAAUUGGGGCUGGAGGAAGAAAUGAUACCAGAAGAAGAGGCUGGACAAGUAGAUCUGGCUAAAUUGGACAUAAAAGCCGUAGAAGGUGAUGGAAUCCUUGAAGACUCUCCAGCUGACUGCUGUCCAGAACCUUGCUAUCAACGCUUCCCGUUUUUGGCUGGUGAUGAUGAAUCACCAUUUUGGCAAGGAUGGGCCAUGCUCAGACUGAAAACCUUCCGACUUAUUGAAAAUACAUACUUCGAAACGGCUGUGAUAACUAUGAUUUUACUCAGUAGUUUGGCUUUGGCUCUAGAAGAUGUCCAUUUACCGCAUCGGCCGAUACUUCAAGAUAUCCUCUAUUAUAUGGACCGAAUCUUUACCGUUAUAUUUUUCAUCGAGAUGUUGAUUAAGUGGCUUGCCCUUGGAUUCCAGAAAUAUUUCACGAAUGCAUGGUGUUGGCUCGAUUUCAUCAUUGUUAUGGUCUCGCUUAUAAACUUCGUAGCGGCGCUUUGUGGCGCCGGUGGCAUUCAGGCGUUCAAAACGAUGAGAACGCUUCGAGCCCUUCGACCGCUCAGGGCUAUGAGCCGCAUGCAGGGCAUGAGGGUGGUAGUGAAUGCUCUGGUGCAAGCGAUCCCAUCCAUCUUCAACGUGCUGCUCGUGUGUCUGAUAUUCUGGCUUAUCUUUGCUAUUAUGGGUGUACAACUCUUCGCUGGAAAAUAUUUUAAGUGCGUCGACAUGAACCACACAACUCUAAGCCAUGAAAUUAUCCCUGAUAGAAAUGCUUGUAUCUUAGAAAACUACACCUGGGAAAACUCUCCAAUGAAUUUUGACCAUGUUGGCAAGGCUUAUUUAUGUCUGUUUCAAGUUGCUACUUUCAAAGGUUGGAUUCAAAUCAUGAAUGAUGCUAUCGAUUCACGAGAGGUUGGUCGACAACCCAUUCGAGAAACCAAUAUAUACAUGUAUUUGUAUUUCGUAUUCUUCAUUAUUUUCGGCUCUUUCUUCACUCUUAACCUAUUCAUUGGUGUGAUUAUUGAUAAUUUUAAUGAACAAAAGAAGAAAGCAGGAGGCAGUCUUGAAAUGUUUAUGACAGAAGAUCAGAAAAAGUAUUACAAUGCCAUGAAAAAAAUGGGAUCGAAAAAGCCCCUUAAAGCAAUUCCCAGACCAAGGUGGCGACCGCAAGCAAUUGUUUUUGAGAUAGUAACAGACAAGAAAUUUGACAUGAUCAUUAUGUUGUUUAUUGGCCUUAAUAUGUUAACUAUGACCCUAGAUCAUUAUCAACAAUCAGAAACAUUUAGUGCUGUGUUGGACUACCUUAACAUGAUAUUCAUCGUAAUAUUUAGUUCAGAAUGCUUACUCAAGAUCUUUGCCCUACGAUACCAUUACUUUGUAGAACCAUGGAAUCUAUUUGACUUUGUCGUUGUAAUGUUUUCUAUUCUUAGCUUGGUGUUGAGCGAUAUCAUAGAGAAGUACUUUGUUUCACCGACUUUACUCAGAGUCGUAAGAGUGGCAAAAGUUGGUAGAGUACUUCGACUGGUUAAAGGUGCAAAGGGCAUUCGAACAUUACUGUUCGCUCUGGCCAUGUCACUGCCAGCUCUCUUUAACAUUUGUCUGCUGCUAUUCCUUGUAAUGUUUAUCUUCGCUAUAUUCGGAAUGUCAUUUUUCAUGCACGUUAAAGACAAAGGAGGCCUAGAUGAUGUGUACAACUUCAAAACUUUCGUGCAAAGUAUGAUUCUACUAUUUCAGAUGUCUACUUCGGCGGGUUGGGAUGGUGUAUUAGACGGAAUCAUAAACGAGGAAGAGUGUGAUUUGCCGGACAACGAACGUGGGUCACCUGGCAACUGUGGCUCUGCGACGAUAGGCAUUACCUACUUACUCUCAUACCUAGUGAUCUCUUUCCUCAUCGUUAUUAACAUGUACAUUGCCGUUAUUCUCGAAAAUUAUUCUCAGGCAACCGAAGACGUACAGGAAGGCCUAACUGACGACGACUAUGACAUGUACUACGAGAUAUGGCAGCGUUUUGAUCCCGAAGGAACACAAUACAUCAGAUACGAUCAACUAUCUGAUUUCUUGGACGUUCUCGAGCCACCUUUACAAAUCCACAAACCUAACAAAUACAAAAUUAUAUCCAUGGACAUACCUAUAUGUCGCGGUGACAUGAUGUUCUGUGUCGACAUCUUAGAUGCGCUCACGAAGGACUUCUUUGCGAGAAAGGGCAACCCCAUCGAAGAACCGGUCGAUGUAGGAAGGCCCGACGAAGUGGGCUACGAGCCCGUGUCGUCGACUCUAUGGAGACAGCGUGAAGAGUACUGCGCGCGGUUGAUUCAACACGCGUGGCGGAGGCAUCGAAGAGCGCAGUCGCCCGGUGGUGGCUCCGCGUCGGGCGCGGAGGGUGGCGGCGCGAGCGGUACGGAGGCGGAAGGCGCCCCCACGGCCGUGCUGCUGGACGCGGGCGCGGGCGGCGCGCACCGCGUGGUGCUGCAGGCAGCGGGGGCGGCGCCGCGCCCGCCUGAACCCGCGCCGCCGCGCGCCCGUCUGACCCGCGCUGGCGCUCGCGCUGCUGCCCGCGCUCGUCGACGAGGCGCCGCUGCCGCUGCCCGCACCGCUGCCCGAGCUCUUGAGCCCACCCAAGCGCACUUAAUUCUUUUUUACGCUAGAUGUUUCGAAUAUGUAGUGUCGGCGGGCGAGCGAAGCGACGCGAGUCGGCGCGCCCGCGCCCUCUCGCGGACGAUAGCCUUGCGCGUGUGGAGACGUGAGCGUUCAUCGGAGUGUUUUAUAUUCGUGUGGCCGAAGCUUGCGAGACGAUUUGUUUUGCGACCGAUGUUCGCAUUUACCGAGUAUAUCUUUUAGUGAUUUACUUUGACGCGUUAAUCCCGUUCUCGAAGAGAAACCGUGUAUCAUUUGGAGGAAGUCUUUUUAGCGAGCACGCCGUUUAUUUGUCACUAGUAUUAUAAGAUAUCGGAUAAAGUUGAGAAAACAUUAAAUGCUUAUUUUUGUAUUUGACGAUUGACACUUUUUCUGUGUAAAUGUUCAUAAAGCAGAUCGCUACGGAGAUAAGAUUGUCUAAAUGUAAACGACUGUGGGAUAUCAUUUUUCUUCCCCAAAAUGGUAUUCAACAGUCACAAUGUGUUAGUGCCGGAGAGCGACGCGGAGUGACGUUUGCGUAAUAAUGCUUCACUCGGUCGUCUCCGCCGGUAAGUCGCGCUGCGCGCUGCUGACGGCGGACAGACGGCGCACUCAACUAAUCAAUUCAAUUACAUAUAAUUUAAUAUUACAACAUCGACACAUGUAUGACACUAUUAUUUUACUGCUAAUUCGUCUACUGCGUUUGAACGCUAGUGUAAUUGUAUUAAAUCCUAAACGCUUAAGAAAGCAAUGGCUUCGCCCAUUCAUAUCAAUGUUGUCCAUAAUAAUUUUGAAUAGUUCCAAUUUUUAAUGCUUCUUACUAUACUGAAACAAGAUCGUCUUUUAAUCGAGGUCGGUCGACUCGAAAUUAAAAAGGUUAAGGCAGUUUUUGCAAAUAUGUCUGUGUAAGCUUAGCUAAUCAACCGUGAAAUUGGUACCAGAGUUCACUUCCGUCCUAAUUCAGUACGCAUCAUAGGAAUCGAGCCAUUUUACGUAAUGCGCACCUUCUCGUAGUUAAUGUAAUUUCCUUCCCCUGAAUUACAUUAGCUGCGGCGGCGGAGCGGUCGCGCGUCUUCCCCGCGCGCGGCCUCACGCCGCCCGCCCCCGUCUCUGUCGCUGCCAGCAGGCUGGCACUGCUUCUAUUAUAUUUAAAGCUAUCUCGCACCUCAUUUUUAACAAUGUCGACUACAAUAUUGUAACUCUAUCGCGUGGUAGGUGCAUUACCGUAUAUGUAAUCCAACUUGAACGAAGCGAAUGGGCUAUUCGAAAAGCAUGAAAUUAGCAAUAAGAGAUAUUAUUAAAUACCUAAGAGAUCGAACGUCCCUUACCGAGUAAGGUAGAUAUUAUUAAAAUAUUUUUAUUUUUCGAUUGACAUCUCUCUAGAUAAUGGAAGUAGCGCAAUUGUGAAGAUGAUAGAGCUAUAAUCGACCGCAGCGUCGGAGAGUUCCAAGUAACACAUCUCUAUUGGUCGAAAUUGUGCUCCGUCAGUAUUGUCUAUUCUAGCACAAGAAAAUUUAUUAAUCAUUAAAUUUUGUAUAUUACCCUUGGGAGUGGUCCAUUUUCUACUUCUCUGUACAUAUUCAGAGCUUAUAGCCGGGAGGAGCCCGAAACGCACUUCGCAACACAUACUUUAUCGUGUUACUAUUGAUAUCCGCGAGUCGCGCAGCGAUACGUAAUACGCUUGAAGCAAUAACGUGAAAGUGUGGUCGAAUUCGCUUUUAUAUUAUGGAUCACGUCACUGAAUAGUUGUGUGUCGGUUGUUUUUCAAUUCGUUUUUAUAAAAUGUGAAAUUUUUGGAAGUGCAAGACAAUCUAAACGUUGCAAAGUUUUAAGAGUCGGUGUAUUUGUAAACUAAGAUGAGACGCUUAACGUUUUGCACCUAUUUUGCAAUAAUAAUAAUUACGAUUACAGAUAAUAAAUACGUAGAUACUUUUAUAAAGAGUUACCAGAGCGCGGUGCAUGGGCCAGCGAAUUUCCCCGUCGCGAGCGCACGCACCACGCCACCCAAGCGAAACCCAAAUGACUUGGUUUCUUUCAGUUACUGGUAACAGUUGACAUUGCCAUUCAAGUUUCGACCUUACUCGUUCAAGCUGACGGUAGCAUAGCGCCAAGGAACGGUUCAUCCAUUUAAAAUUAUUUAAUUUAAAAGUUUAUAUUCGAACGUGAUAUUAACGUGAUAUUAUCCAGUUUCACGUGUUGCUAAACACAAUAGUAAUCCAUAAGAAGAUUAUAUCAAUAUAUAUAUCAAAAUAAUGAUCGCUAGAUAUCUGUAAGUAGUUCCUUUAUUAUAAAUAUCCGCUUUCGUGAGAUAGCCUACGAAUUAACCUUUUGUCAAAAACAUUAUUGUAGAGUAGAAAUAAUUUGUUAGAUGAAAAUAAAUGACUGAACAGUUCAUCUGGCGAAUAGCUCAAAUCUCAGUCGCAGUUUGAACCGCUCCGUGACGCUCGAAAAAUUUAUAUCGUUAUGUUGAUUUCUGAUUAUGAAGUUAUUGUUUUGGUAAAACCAAAUAUUUUAUCUACUAUUAGGCAUAUUGGCACAAAAAAGUUGUGUUUAAUUAAGUUUAGACAAUAAGUUACAAUAUCAUUGUAUUAUUUCUUUGACUAAACUUAUGACAAAAAGUGAGUUCAGUUUGCUGAAUGAUAGAGAUUUAAUUGAAUAUUUAUUAUAUAUAUUGUUGAAGUUUGUACAAAAUAAAUUAAGUAAACGAUAAAUAUAGAACUUGACUGCUUUAA